AUGUUGGCAGCCGCCAGUCUGUUGAAGGUGACAAUGUCCAUUCAGAUACUUGGAAUCUCCACUCCGCCUCACAUGCUAACAUACACGUACUGUAAAUCAUUUGUCUGUCGUCGCUGCCAUCACUUUGUUAUCGCAGAAGGGAUCACCGCAGCUGUUGCGACAUACGAUGGAUCUGGAAUGCUUUCAGCCGGCUUUGGCGGUGACGGGGCGUCUCGUGUUGUCUUCAGCACCAUUAGAGGAAAACGGUUAUUAAGAUCUAGCAUCACAUCAUCCACAAAGCGUUAUGAUCGAAUUUACACGGCAGCAGCAGCAUCAAUGACCAAGCGGAUGGUGAAUGGUGGAUGGUGGAAGGCACAUGACUAUGCACAGAAUGCAGAGUCUCCUCCGUCCUUUGCCAUCUGCUAG